UACUACAGUAUGUAGAGCAGGAGAACCACUUACCAGCUGCCAGGAAAGCAUUUGACAGGUUUUUCACGCAUUAUCCAUAUUGCUAUGGGUAUUGGAAAAAGUACGCAGACCUCGAAAAGCGGCACGACAACGUUAAACAGUCUGAUGAGGUAUGUAGGUAGCUGGACCCAGCUGUUGCCAUCGGUCCUGUUGGCCAAAUAAUGACUCACCUACUGCAAGUCAUUUGGCUGCCAGUACCUGCCAUGUAUGGUCAGGUUUGUAGGGAUUUUGUUUGCACUUGUCACCUCUGUGGCAUUUGUAGCUAAUGUUUUUUCUCUUUGUUGGCAGGUGCGUUAAACCUCUACAGUUUGUCAAGCUUUGCAGUGCAAGCCUCUGUAUUACACUGCAGCUUAACAAGUAGGGCAGGGCUUUUCUGUCACUUACAUUUAUUACUCAUUUUCAAAACAAUAUAGUUGGUUUGCUGGUCACAAUUGCUACAUCUUAUUGCAUUUUUGGUCAGACGCUGUCAAUGAUGCUCUAAUGGGUCUGUGCCCUAUGGUCUGUACCCCAAAGCCUGCCCACACAACCUGGUCAGAAUGCAGGGACCGCUGCGCUUUGAAGAUCAAGACUCUGCACGUGGAGAUCAGAACAUUGCCAUGUUCUAUCCAACCUCCACCCAAAUGGUUUAUCGCAGAGGGCUUCAGGCAAUUCCUCUUAGUGUUGAUCUCUGGAUACACUAUAUCAACUUCUUAAAGGAGACCCUGGACCCUACUGAUCCUGAAACUAACAGUACAAUUCGAGGAGCCUAUGAACAUGCAGUCUUAGCUGCUGGGACAGAUUUCCGUUCUGACAGACUAUGGGAAAUGUAUAUAAACUGGGAAAACGAACAGGGAAACCUAAGGGAAGUCACAUCCAUAUAUGACCGCAUCCUUGGAAUUCCAACACAGCUCUACAGUCAUCAUUUCCAGAGGUUCAAAGAACACAUACAGAACAACUUGCCUCGUGACCUUCUGACUACCGAGCAGUUUGUUCAGCUCCGCAGAGAACUAGCAUCUGUGAAUGGCCACAGCGGGGAGGAUGCGCAGCCUGGAGACGACCUGCCCUCGGGUACUGAAGACAUAACCGACCCUGCCAAGCUAAUCACUGAGAUAGAAAACAUGAGGCACAGAAUCAUUGAGAUUCAUCAAGAAAUGUUUAACCACAAUGAACAUGAAGUCAGUAAGAGGUGGACGUUUGAAGAAGCGAUAAAGAGGCCUUACUUUCACGUAAAACCUCUGGAGAAAAUUCAGCUGAAAAACUGGAAAGAGUACUUAGAAUUUGAGAUAGAAAAUGGCACUCAUGAACGAGUUGUGGUCCUCUUUGAAAGAUGCGUUAUUUCAUGUGCCCUCUAUGAGGACUUCUGGAUUAAGUAUGCCAAAUACAUGGAGAAUCAUAGUAUUGAAGGAGUGAGGCAUGUCUACAGCAGGGCUUGCACAAUACAUCUCCCUAAGAAACCAAUGGUUCACAUGCUGUGGGCUGCCUUUGAGGAGCAGCAGGGCAACAUCGAUGAAGCAAGAAGAAUCUUGAAAACCUUUGAAGAGUGUAUUCUAGGGCUAGCAAUGAUUCGCUUGCGAAGAGUAAGCUUAGAACGCAGACAUGGAAAUAUGGAAGAAGCUGAACACCUGCUUGAAGAUGCUGUUAGGAAUGCCAAAUCAAUUAGUGAAUCGUCGUUUUAUGCCAUCAAAUUAGCUCGACACCUCUUCAAAGUACAGAAAAAUCUUCCAAAGGCAAGAAAAGUGCUGUCAGAAGCCAUAGAAAUUGACAAAGAAAAUACGAAACUGUAUCUCAACUUACUUGAAAUGGAGUACAGUGGCGAUCUCAAGCAAAAUGAAGAAAACAUCUUGAGCUGUUUUGAUAAAGCUGUCAAUGGCGCGUUGUCUAUAAAAAUGAGGAUUACGUUUUCUCAGCGAAAAGUGGAAUUUCUUGAAGAUUUUGGUUCUGAUGUAAACAAGCUUCUGGAUGCCUAUGAUGAACAUCAAGCCCUUCUAAAGGAGCAGGAUUCUUUAAAAAGGAGAGCAGAGAAUGGAUCAGAGGAGCCAGAUGAAAAGAAAAUGCUCACAGAUGACCCAUCUCUGGCAUCAGCGCAGAUGAUGGAUGGCGACAUGCAAGUCAAUCAGGCAGCAUAUAACUACAACGCCUGGUACCAGUACAAUUACCAGAACGCUUGGAAUUAUGGACAGUAUUAUCAUCCAACUUGAUCCGAAGAGUGAGUGAAGUUCACUGUGCUGCAGUUUCAACAAAGAUGGAAUAAAAAAAAAGUAUAUUUUUCUAAAUGAGGGAUGUGAAAGAACUGUUGUAAUACCUGCUUUUUUGGUCUUUUGCAUGUGAAAUGAGCUGAUGUUCACAGGGUAUGUGUGAAGCAAGAUUUGUGUGCUGGUAACUGAUAAAUGGUAUCUCUGUACAAUUCUAGUUUACCAUAAAUGCAUUUUUUUUAAUCCCCCGCACUAACUUAUGGAGAUAUCUGAAGAAUUUUUUUCAGUCUCACAGUUCCAUAGACUUAAUUAGCAAAUCUGCAGGUUUUGUGUUUAUCGUUUUUUCCCAAGGCUGCUCUGCUGCCCAGCGUUGGCCACCGUGGCGGCUGCAGGCACUGAGCAGGCCGGACGCUGCCCGUUCAGGAGCCGGGCUCUGCCACUCUGCUCUCCAGCCAGAGCCUCCCGCCCUGCCUCUCUCACGAGAUCCCUUUGCUGCCCCAGCCAGCACUCCUCAGACUGCUUCCUUUAUGUUGCUACGAUGGAAACUCUUCAGAUGACGAGGGCAGCCUUUGGGAGCUGCACUAUGUAUUUUCUAUUCCAUGUGGGGGUCAAAAAUUAAAAUGCAGUGCAAAAUGAUGUUGCAUUCUUUUUUAAAAAGCACAAACUGUGUGUGGGAUGAUUUUUGUAUUUAGAGUUUUUCAUGUACACAGUGUGAGCAAACUUUUUUCAUUUUGAUCAAAGUGAUCAUUCUCAUUUUUGUAAUAAAAGCAAGGAAUUCAG